AUGGGAAAUGAGACUGUCACAUCAUGGAGGGAAUUCCACCUGGUUGGGCUUGGGCAAAUCAAGGCACCCACCAUUUUUUUCAGCAUCGUGCUGUUUAUGGCUGUGAUUGCCCUGCUUGGAAAUUGUCUUCUGCUCUUUCUCAUCCAAAUGGACUCCACACUUCAUACCCCAAUGUACUUCUUCCUCAGUCAGCUGUCUUGCAUGGAUAUGGGGCAAAUCCUCAUAGUUGUCCCCAAAAUGUCUGUGAACUUUUUAACCCAAAGAAACACGAUUUCCCUCGGAGGAUGCGUGGCUCAGAUCUUUCUCACCCUGACCAUGGGGAGUUCGGAAUGCCUCGUCUUGGCCGCCAUGUCGUAUGACAGGUACGUGGCCAUCUGCCGGCCUUUGCAGUACCCGGUCCUCAUGAGAAGAGCCGUCUGCCUCAUCAUGACCAUAGGAAUCUGGUCUUCCUCCUCACUUACCAUCAUGGUCAUCGCAAUCUAUGUGCAGGCUCUGCCCUACUGUGGCUCAAACGUGAUUGACCAUUUCGUCUGUGAGUUCCCCGCUUUGCUGAAGUUGACCUGCGCUGACACAUCUGCUUUCGAAAAGGUGAUAUACUUCGACAAUGUGCUGCUGCUCCUCUUCCCCAUGGCAGUGAUACUUUCCUCUUACCUCGCCAUCCUUGUGCAAGUGCUGAGGAUGCGCUCGAAGGAGGGGAGGCGCAAGGCCUUAGGGACCUGUUUGUCCCACCUGUGUGUUGUGGGCAUCUUCUACGCAGCAUCGAUGCUGACGUACACUGCCCCAGUGACAUCUUACUCAGCCCAGCGGUCCAUGAUUUACUCGGUAUGCAUUACCGUCAUCCCACCAAUGCUUAACCCCUUUAUAUACAGCUUGCGCAACAGGGAUGUGCUUGCGGCUCUGCAGAAAUCCUUCAUGAAAUGCACUUCCUAUAAAUGA